CACAAGAAAACAAACAGGAAUCUAUGGAGAAGGUUGUGAAGGCAUUCAGACAUGGCCAAGCCCCUGCAAACGAUGAACUACUAUAGAGCAAGUUUGUAAGCAGCUCUUAGACAGCAAUGCAAACCAGAUGGAGAAGUUACUGACAACCAGCCUGACAGCUAGCCAUGGUAGAAGAGCGCCCUCACAGGCCAGCCAGAGGGUAGGCAUGCUCAGCAGACUACUAACCCACCAGCAACAGAAGCACUCAUCAACGUCUGGUACCCGGACUUCUAGUCAUCCCCAGCUCCUAGCCUCUACCUCAGGCCUCCUGACUGACUGGCUGGCUCUUCUGGAUCCAGAGGCGUGCCAGGCUUGCCCUGAUUUACAGCAGCAAGCCAUCUUUGCCCCAGCACCCCUUGGGAACAGGAACAGCCUCAGCAGCAGUGGAGACAGUCAGAAGCGAAUUGGUAGCGCACAUCUACUGGCGCUACUGACCCAUCAAGCUAACUGGGGCACACUACACAAGUGCAUUGAUAGGUUACUGGGGCCUGCUAGAAAUGCAUGCAGUUUCAGUGCAACGGCUGUAUUGGAUUUCUUGUGGGCGUGCAUCCACAUACCCAAGAUCUGGCAAGGACGGGAUACAAGGCUUCUAAGGUAAGCAAACCAGAAGGCAACCCCAUGGCGUAUCUGUUACGGAUCCAGGCUUACAAGGCAGUGAUUUUCAAGUGUCUGUCAUAUCUGUCUUUGUCACUGGUGAAGGAAUAAAUAUGAGCAAACUCCAUAGGAUGCGUUGAACACCUCCCUGAAAAAAAUGAGAAAACACGAUAAUUUGUACGUUUUUGGU